UAUUGGACACAGAUAAAACAGACAAAAAAUGAAGACAAUUGUGUUCAUCUGUUCUGCUUUGGUAAUCUGUACUAAAGCUUUCUUGCCUUCUGAAGAGAGCAGUGAUGGAAGGGCAGAUUACACUCAUGCUAGCAUCACCGAGAAGGCUAUUUACCACGCUGCUUCUGACGUCAUACUUAGCAUCGCCAAUACCAGAAAACACAGCGCCUCUGAUAUUCGUGACACUCUAUCUAAAUACAUCGACCGAGACACGUUAUUAAACUUCGCUAAAGCUGUGACGGAUAUCGUGAAUGAAAACAACAUGGCUCAAAGAAACUACAUGGACGAUGCUUCAAGAACGAUGACCUGCGAACAGAUUGUUGCAGGCCAUCUACUUCUUCAAUCAUUGAGAGACAACAUAAUCUACCAUUCACAAGCUGUCGAUCCUAAUUGGUACGCUGUCAGAGAACUGAUUGGCCAAUAUCUCUUUACAAUGCAAGAGUUUUACAGCAGUACAAAUUGGGUAGAAAUGUUUGGCGAUAAAGUCUGUCAAGAACUAGGUGCAACUGGUAAAUUUCUCCCUUUGAAUGUCUCCAGUCCCGACAUGGUCACAUGCAUCAACCGUAACUACUCCAGUGAGGCGUAAGCAAACAUUCUUUUAAAGACCAAAACAAACACAGUGUCAUAGAUUAAAAAGUUUCAAGUAGAAAUACAGCAUUAACAUUAUGCAUGAAUUAUCAAAUUACAAAAUUAGAGAAGAAUUUUAAAAAGAUACAUAACACAAAUAAUAUGUCAGAAAUACCAUUUUCUGUAUUAGUGUUCGGGGAUUUUCCGAUAUUGACAAUAUGAGAUCAGAAAGGCAAGUGCUUACCAGUGGUUACACGAGCUAUCAACAAAUUAUCAAACCCUUAGGCAACUUUCCGCCCGGUAUGGGUAAAUGUAGUCACGGAGAUCCACGUGAUGAUAGUAAACAUAUUCCAGCAACAGGGGGACUAAGUAAGGAAACGUCAAGUCCGGAGUUGUCUCCUCAUUUUGACCUCCAUCAACAAGCGGGUGAAGCUGCCAUUCAGGCCUCUGUUGAUUUCUUUAUCGGAAAUGGUACUUGCAUUUGAUCAAAGACAAUGCGUUAAGUCAGAUUCUUUAAUAAUAUAACAAUGAAUGGAAUUCAAUUUCAAAUUGUUUUGUUGUCAGAUUUUGAUUGGUCUUCGGUAUACAUACUGUGCAUGAAUAAUCAUUUUCACUAACAUUCCAGAAACUAUCAAACAAAUAUUUUUUAAGUGUUUAUAUAUAUUUUUGUGUAAUUCUAAUGUUUGUUUUUACAUCUUUUCCCACAAAUGGACCGGAUGUCAAAAUGUAGUUGAACAAAACAUCACUACCAAUGUGAAAACUGUCCAUGAUUAUUAGAAAACCAAUACAAAAAUAAAAAAAACAAAAAAAAAACAUAAAAAGAUAACACGUGAAGG